CAAUUAUUCCAGCUGUCACUGUGUUCUCCUCAGUUUGGAUACUUGUGUAUAAACGACUCCUAGCCAUACCGAAUUCCAUUAUUUCUGGCCUUUCGGAAUCGGUGCCGGGAUUUUGUCUGAAACCAACUUUUCAUGGCUGAUGAAACUCUAAAUAUAAGCUUGAUUAGACCCGUUCUUGAAGCGGAAUUUCGCAUUGGGAUAGAGGAAGAUAUUCCUCUCAAAGAAUUGAGAAGACCUUUUUCAGCGUCUUCACCAAAUGAAAUCAUCUUAUACGCUUUUUCUACGUCUUUAAGCGAACCUCUUGGUGGAUCAACCUAUGAGAUGUUGGACGAUGCUGGGCAAGAAAGUUUCCGUUCCAUAACUAGGUCGUAUUAUCGGGGUGCGGCAGGUGCUCUUCUAGUUUACGAUGUUACCAGGCGUGAUACAUUCAACCAUUUGGCAUCCUGGUUACAAGAUGCUCGGCAGCAUGCAAGCCCAAAUAUGGUUAUUACAUUGGUUGGAAAUAAGUGUGAUUUGGAUGCUCGACGAGAGGUUAAACAGGAAGAAGCUGAAGCAUUUGCACGAGAGAAUAAUUUAUUAUUUGUAGAAACAUCAGCUAAAACCGGAGUAAAUGUAGAACAAGCUUUUGCUACUACCGCACGCGCUAUCUAUGAACGUUUACAACUAGGUCUUUUAGAUAUCAAUAAUGAUGUAGGUGUCUUUUGUUUUGAAAGAAAGUUUUCAUUUUCAAUACCUUAUUUAGGUUUGUAUAAAGAUAUUUUAUUCAUUAGUUUUGGCCAUUAUAAAAAUAACUAACUAAUUAACCUUCAUCGGUUAAACAUGGUCUGUUGUAUAAAAGCAGUCUUCCUUAAACCUGUGGUUAUUCAGAGGUUGUUAUUUUGACGCAAAUGGCAUAAAGUUAGGUCCCCAGCAAAUAAAUACUCGACAAACUGGUUCCUACGGUCCGGUUGGCUCAGAUUCUGGAGGUAAUCUAAGAAGGCGUUGUUGUUAGGUGAUACCAAAGAAAGAUCAAUUUAUGAAAAGAUAGUAAAAGUUAUAACUGCGAUUAAUUAUUUUUAUGUUAAGUUCAACCAUUCUAUGAUUCUCAUUCACUAUUUUAUUUCACUUAUUUUGCUCUUUUUUAUACCUUGUAAUUUCAUGUGCUUUAUUUGUAUCCCAUUGUUUUGAAUGAAUACUUUUAUUGUCUAUUUGUCUGUACGUUGUUGUUUGACAACUUCUCUGUACUUUAUAUUUCUUGUUUUGACUUUAUUCACUAUUCUCGAUCAAUUAGCCGUCUAUAUUAUCUCUAUAAAUACUUUAUAAAAGAAUGCAGAUAUUUAUUCAUUCCAAAUGAAAAUCCAAAUUCUAAUCAUGCAACAUUACUGUUACAAAAUAUAGCUAUACAAUGAUACAUGCUGUGAAAACACAUUCCUUCAUUUCCUCCUCAAGAAGCAAGAAGUUUAUCAUCUUGCCUUCGCAUUAUUUAAUUUUACUGUCGUUACUUGUUAACUUUUAUUUUCAUCCUGUGUUUGUGUAUCCCGAUGUACGGAAAUGUUGUUCCUGACAUUUUUUUAGCUACCAAAUGUGUAUCUUUCAUAGACAGUUUUGUAAAACAAAAUUAAUUGUUUUGUGUCGAAUUUUCUCCACACACACUUUUGUGGUUGUAUUCUUAUUUGUUUAACUGUUGAACCGCUAGCAAUAAUCAUUUUAUUGAAAUGUGCUCAAGUGUGUAUAAAAAUUUCUAUCGUAAUUGAGAGGUUCUUUUAUAAAUAUUCUUUUUAUCAGAUAUCAGAAUAAACCUUAUUACUCGUUUAAUUCUUCUCAUGAGCUACUCAUUUUAGCUUGUACUUUACGUCAGAUGAUCUUUAAUUGAUAAAGAUAAUCUAAAGGAUUUUUCUUAUUAAGCCAUAUUUAUAACAUUCACGUUUAUUACUUCACUAUGCUCCCGUAAGCCAGAUUUAUUUGCAAUUAUUUGGAAAACAUUUUGAGCAUUGAUACGAUGUUUGCUUUCUAGUACCUUUAUCCUAUUGAUAUGAUUUGAUAACAAUAUAAAAUUAGGUAAUAUU